GGUACAUUAACGUUUGACUCUUCUACGGACGUUGCGAUUUUUACUACGGGGUAGAAAUGGGCAAGCGCAAGCUCUCUGGUGCUGAGGCUUCUCCUGCCAAGGAGGUGGAGGCGGCUGAGGAGCAGACGGAGGAGCUGGAGCUUUAUAAGCCGGGCCCUAUCGACGAGAACCCUAUGCAGUUUCUGAUCGCACCCAAGGAGGUGUCGGUCUUUUCGUCCGAGAACUGGGAGCGUGCGCCGCUGCAUGUGCCUGCCAAUGAGGAACGCAAAGAGUUCUUCGAUGGCCUGUUUGACUUUGACGCCCUGGCCAAGCUGGCUGACCAGCUCGAAGCCGGUGCCAUGAUUAUGAUGGACCAGGACCCUGGCCCCAAGGGCGACUCCCUUACGUUUGAGGAUGACAUUGACGAUAAGAUGAUUGAGGCCAUCGGGCCACUCCAGUUUGGUCGUGAUGUGGUCGCUGUGCGCUACGUUGACGGUCAGCGGGAGACCAUUGAGGAGGACUUUGCCGACAGCGAGACGCUCCGCCAGCUGUACGAGGAGGGCGGCGCCACGCUGCAACUCCACCAGCCGCAGCGCUUCAUCAACGGGCUGUGGCGGCUGGUGGCGGCGCUGGAGGCGCAGGCGGGCUGCCUGGUGGGCUGUAACGCCUACAUCACGCCGCGCAACGGGCAGGGCCUGGCGCCGCACCACGAUGACGUGGAGCUGUUUGUGUGCCAGACCAAGGGCAGCAAGCAGUGGCGGCUCUACAAGCCCACCGGCGGCUUCGAGCUGCCCAGCAAGGUCUCGGGGGACCUGCCGCAGGAGGGUCUGGGUGAGCCCAUCCUGGAGGUGACCAUGCAGCCCGGCGACGUGCUGUACAUCCCCCGGGGUGUCGUACACCAGGCGGUGGCGCAGGAGGCGGGCUCCUGCCACCUCACCGUCUCCACCUACCAGCACUGGAGCUACGGGGACCUGGCGGGGGCGGUCAUUGGGACUGCUCGCGACGUCCAGGGCGACGCCAAGUGCGCGCUGCCCCUGGAGCUGCGGCGGGGGCUGCCGCUGGGAAUCAUCUUCUCGCAGGGCAUGCAGGCUGAGAUCCAGGCCGCAGACGCCGCUGCCGCCGCCGCCUCCUGCCGCCCCGCCGCCGCCGCCCUGGCUGCCGGUCUGCGCGCGCUGGCUGCCCAGCUGGAGGAGGGCCCCGCGGAGCUGCUCACACCCGCGGUGGACCACAUGGCCGAGGACUUCCUCAAAAACCGCAUGCCCCCGCACCCCUGCCAGCUGCCCGACUCGGGUCCCGAGCCGGAGGCGGAGGACAGCCUGGCCUGCCGCGGCCGCAACCUGUUCCGCCUGGUCGCCGUGGAGCUGCCGGACGGGGGCAUGAGCGACGGUGAUAGCGAGGAGGAGGAGGACGAGGAGGAGGAGGAGAAGCAGAAGGGCGCCUACGUGAAGCUGGUGACGUGCCUGGAGAACAGCCGCUUCACUCACAUGAUAAACAUUGAGGAGGAGGACGAUGAGGAUGAGGACGAUGACCACCACCACCACCACUGCGGUGACCCGCACUGCGGCCACAGCAGCGAUGAUGAGGAUGGAGAGGGCGAGGAGGAGGACGAAGACGAGGAGGAGGAGGAGGAAGAGGAGGAGGAGGAGGAGAAGCCUGCUAAGAAGGGCAAGGGUGGUAAGAAGGCCGGCAAGGCAGAGGAGGAGGAGAAGGAGGAGGCUAAGGAGGAGGAGGAGGGUGGCAAGAAGAAGGGCGGCAAGAAGGGAGACAAGAAGAAGGCUGAGGAGGAGAAGGAGGAGGAGGAGCCGGAAAUUAUGGACAUGAGUGAUGAUGAGGAUGGGGAUGAGGACGAGGAUGAGGAGGGCGAGGAGAGCGACGACGACGACGAGGAGGAGGAGGACGAUGAGCUGCCGGGCCCCAUUUUUCCCGCUCAGUACGCCCCCGUGCUGGCGGCCCUGCUCGCUGCCACUCCCGAGCGCCCGCUGCCCAUCAGUCAGCUUGCCGUACCGGGCGCCGAUCCCGAGGAGAAGCUGCGGCUGGCGCGCGUUCUGCAUGAGUUUGGCUUCGUCGUGACGGUGCCUGCUAAGAAGGAGGAGGAGAAGAAGGUCGAGAAGGCGGAGAAGAAGGUGGAGAAGAAGGAGCAGGCGAAAAAGGAGGAGGAGGAGGAGGAGGAGAAGAAGAAGGGCAAGGGGAAGAAUGCGGCGGCGGCCAAGGGCAAGUCGCCCGCCGGCAAGGGAGCUGAGGCGACGCCUGCUGGCAAGAAGGAGGAGGUGAAGAAGGAGAAGGCCUCCGAGGAGAAGCCUGCUAAGAAGGCUAAGAAGGGCGGGAAGUAAACCGGCGGAAGCAGGGUUUGAGGUGUCGUGAGGGAACAGGGAAGAUUGCAGAACCGCUGCUGGUUCAAGAUACUGCUUUAAUGGAGGGUUGGGAUGCGGCCGGGAGGCUUUGGUUGCUUCGCUGUAUGGGUUCGGCGCGGGUGGUAUUCUGGUGGCAUGGCUACGGCUGUCUAUGUAUCGUGCGUUGGGGCGCUUUACUUGUGAUUUUGCUCAGGUGCUCAGGCGAAGGAAAUGCGGAUGACACGGAGAGGAUGUGUUGGCGGGGCUCUUAUUUGCAGGACUGGGCUCUUCAUAGCUGCGCACUUAUUUUUCCGCACGUUAUGAUGGUACUAUGAAUUCCUUGUGCACGGUCAAUCGCUGCGUACAUUCGCUUAAACUCCGCGGCUAUCAUUAAGCAGGUGUACGAUUAGCCGUUUGUAGUUAUAGGCUUAAAAGCUGCACUGGCAUUCUCACUGCUAUGGACCGGGUUGCUUCCUUUCGUGUCCUCCUGCACGGCAGGGAAUUGCAGCUGACACGCUUGGGCUUGCGACACGCUUAUAAACACUUGUAAACGUCACACUGCAA